AUGAUAUUUGCUAGACAAGAGGAGAAAAUUCCCCCGUAUACUCAUGAUGUACAAUUUAAUCAUAAAAGAUAUUUAGAUGUUUUGAAGCAUGAAUUUUUAGAACGGUAUGCUAAUCCACCAAUACAGGAGUUGAAAACAGUUGAUGAUUUUGAUCCAGUCGCUACGUUAGGCUUUGGAUCAUUUGGAACUGUGCUUCUCGUCAGGGAUAAGUCUACCUUCGAAUACCACGCUAUGAAAGCUUUAGAAAAGGCUCAGGUAGUAAAGAAGAAGAAUAUAAAACAGCUAUUACAAGAGAAGAAGAUCUUAGAGAGUGUCACUUUUCCGUUUGUUCUCAAUUUAGAGUAUAGUUUCAAAGAUAACGUGUACCUUUUCCUUAUUACGCCGUAUGAGUCCGGUGGAGAGCUAUUUACUUUAUUGAAGAAAUUAGGUAAUUUUUCUGAACCUCUAGUACAAUUUUAUUCAACACAAAUGGUCUUGGCGUUAGAAUAUUUACACCAUUGUAGUGUGAUACACAGAGACGUUAAACCCGAAAAUAUAUUUAUUAACGAAUCAGGAUAUAUUAAAUUAGGUGACCUUGGUUUUUGUAAAAUAAUUCGAACUAGAACUUGGACGAUCUGCGGGACACCGGAGUACAUAGCUCCAGAGAUUAUUCUGUCAAAAGGUUACACAUUCUCCGUUGACUGGUGGUCUCUAGGAAUACUUAUUUAUGAAAUGACAGCUGGAUAUCCUCCGUUUUACAGCUCCGAUGUAAUGAAAAUGUAUGAAAAGAUAUUGGGUGGGUCGUUUAAGACCCCAGACAAUAUGACUCCUUCGUGCAAGUCAUUGGUAUUUCGAGCACUAGAAUAUCCAGCAGAAAUGGCGAAACAAGAAUAUAUUCGCGACCGUUUACUCACAGAACGGUGGAAUUUGAUACGAGUGGUUUCCGAUUACAAUUUUAAUGGUACUGAAGUUGUGAGUAUGGAGAAAUUGCUCAGCGAUCAGCUAUCAAUUUAUGAAAGAGUGCUAGAAGAAGCAUCAGGAAGCGGGUUAUCAUUAGAGAUUGAGAAAAACUUUCCGGCUUUAGAAGAAAAGUGGAGUAUACUGCAAGCUGUUUUCUUUUCUUCCACUGUGCUCACUACUAUAGGAUAUGGGAACAUCGUGCCUGAAACCUUUUGGGGAAGAUUGUUCUGCAUCAUUUAUGCCUUAGUUGGAAUUCCGCUAACACUCACGGUUAUUGCAGAUUUGGGUAGAGUGUUCGCUACUUUCGUCUCAGUGAUGGCCAAACAUUUACCGGAGAUGCCCAAAUGGUGUAGUCGAGUAUCAGAAGUAAAUCCAGCUGGCCAACGUUCGCUCUAUGCAUUCUGGGCUGUGGGAUUUCUUUUUGUUUACCUCUCCGCUGGUGCUGGAUUAUUCAAAAUGUGGGAGGACGAUUGGACCUUUUAUGACGGAUUUUAUUUCUGUUUUAUCACUAUGACAACUAUUGGUUUCGGUGAUCUUGUUCCAAAAAGACCAAAGUACAUGCUCCUAUGCACGUUGUAUAUAUUAAUCGGUCUAGCUCUGACGUCUACUAUUAUCGAGCUAGUGCGUAGACAAUACGCUCGCUCCUGGCAACAACUGCGGGCUCUGUCAGGUCCCUUGGCAGACACUUUGCGAAGACUGGGCGACGCCGGGCGGGGAGUCGACGUGUCUGCCUUACACGAUCUACGGAAGGUUUUGACGGUCGUGACAAUGCCACGAAUGGGCGGUGGUCGAGAGUCCCUCGCCGAUAAGCGACAACUGGAAUGGGAGGCAGCUUUAGAAGCAGUCAUACGAAAUAUAAACAACCCGUCUCCAGCUCAGCAGAAACCCCCGAUUGUUCAAAUUGUUAUUUACGAGUCUUCCGUAUAA